AUGCGUUGGUUUGUGGACUUCCUCGGAGGACACGAGUCUCGAAAUUUCCUCGCAGGCAGUGUGUCGACGUUCAGGAACAAGCUCUUCACGAUUGCAUGGCCCUGCUGGACAGACACGGAGGACGCUCUGAAAAAAGAGAUCGAGUCGCACUUUCUCCAGAGUUCGUUCUCCCUCCUCAAGCAGCAGGAGCACGCUGCAAACGCCGAGAAGAAGGGCACCAAACGAAAGGCAACCUCGCAGCAGAUGCAGGACGACAUGGAGGACGACAACGAGCAAGCGGACAAUGAGGAGCACACGGGUGACCAGAUGGAAGAGGUAGCAGCUGGACGAAGCACACGUUGUACAGAGUUUGCAACGUCGAGCUUUGCAACGAUUGUUCUUUUGCAUCAAUGGCACCAGGGUAUGCGCAAAGAUGCCAAAUGGAAGAAGCCGGCAGAGGAGGUAUCCAAGCUGGCCGGGGAGUUGCUUCAAGGCCUCGCUUCCUUGUUCCUGCAGACCCCGCAGGACUUCUCAUUCACGUGGGACGGAAACACUCUGGUGCUGCCGUUCAAAGGAGGUUCGCUGGACGUGGACGAGGUUGUACUGCAAAACAGUUUACUUGCUAAAGUACUACACCGCGAUCGUUCCCGAUUCAUGGACGUGCUGCAGGAUGUGAAUGUGGACUGCACCCGUCGGACAAUUGGAGACACUCGCAAGUCAUCUAGUUUGAGGACGAAGUACUACUUGUUGGCGGCUUUGGCACGUGCCAUGGAUUCGUCGGACGACACGCAUUCCUGCUGGACAUCUUUGAAUGUGAAGCAAGUGAUGCAGCUUAGGAGCACCUCCGGAUAUCGUCGGUCGUCCACGAGUUUUCGACAAGAGGUUGCGAGUUCAUCGAAUGCCACACGCAGGACACUUACCUCCACAUUGCAAGGACAUGCGUUCACCGUGCAGGACAGCAGCGAACAGCAGGACGAACAAAAGAUCAAGAAGCACGCUUCUAUGGACGCACACAGGCUAGCACGCAUGGAGCGAUACGCCUAUGUCACGCAGGGCAAGUCAGAUUUCCUCUCGACGGACAUUUUGUGCGUGGUGGCAGAUGCAGUGCACGUGGGAAGUGACGAUUGGCUGAACAUCAUGGUGUACAACCACACGACGGACAAAGUUUGGGUCUGCCCGCCGCAGGUCCAGAAAUCGUCCGUCUUGUCGGCUGAGCAGUGGAAAGCUAUGUGGAACAAGGCUUCCAAGAAGUUCCUCGGGAUCGAGAAACCCGUUGGACCUGGUCAUGCGGAGGACCGGCUGGCCACACUGUCUUGGAUGCAGGACAUAAACCACGGCUUGCGACCCAUUGGCUGGACUUUUGGCUGCUGCCAGAGCACGCCGGCCGGCCCCGCGGAGGACGACACGAAGGCUAAACGUGCACCGAUCAUGAUUUUGUGCACCGACCAAGAAGCAACACAGCUGGCGGCUGUCUCCUUCUUGAGGAACAAAAAGAGCCUCUGGAUCGAACACGUCUCGGACCCCGCCCACAGGUCGCACAACGACGUGGCUUUGGCCUUGUCGGCCGCUGGACUCCUGAAGUUCUGCACAUGGUGCAUCUCGCUGUACAACAUCAGGUAUGGACCCUGGCAGAAGGGCUCGUGGGCGUUGAAGAUCCAGCAAGCCGCAAAUCGCAUGAAGGACAACAUGGACCCCUCGGACCCGAUAUUGCUCCUUUUCUUCCCGGACAUUCUGCUGGACGCCGGCCUCUCCCCCCUGGACGACAACACGGAGGAGAAACGCAGGUCGUUUUUGCAGACAUUACCCGACAUGGACUGCAUCCGCAUCAAGGGCACGAAGGCCAGCAAGAGUCGGUUCAAUUCCCUGACGACGGCCCACAGCGCGCUGGACAAAGAGUGGUCGGUCUUGGCUUUAGUUCUCACGGUGGUCUGCUUGGAGCACAACUGGGCAGUUUCCACUAAGGACCUCUUCUCGCAGGACAGCAACCAGGCCCGUGCCUCGGUUCCAUAUGGUGGAAGCAAGUCUUCUGCCAUACAGGAGGCCAAGCAAGGCAUGGACCAGGAGCGGAAGGGCAGCGCGAACAGUCUACACUUAAUGACGAAGUUCGUGAUCUCGCAGGACAACAAGACGACAGCCAGGAUGAUGUUCCAGGUCUUGCAACCCGAAGAGCUUCGUUGUUCGCUCAUGCUCAAGCAGCUGCGUUCCAAAGGCAUGACGAAGGACUACUACUCUGGCUGGGCACACUGGUCUUGGAUGAGCACUGCAAAGGACCACGUCAGGACUUUGUCGAAUUUGGAAGGUUUAUCUCGUGUCGGCCUCGACCUGACACUGGCACGCGCACAACCCCCGGAGGAGACAGAGCUUGUCUGGCAGGACUCGCUCGCAGGCCAAAUGACGCAGUUGACACUACAGAUCCUGCGGCUGCGGGCCGGGGCACAGCUGUACCAUACUGGAGGUUUCGGUGCGACCGCAGGACUAGUCCAUGCUGAAGAGCAGUUCCGUCGGGCAAGCUUGGAUUUUUUCAAAGAGAUGCAGUCUUGUAUCCAGGACACGCACAGUGGUGGUUCUCGUAUGGCAAAAAAAUUGCUCGAAGGUCAUUUCUCCCAAGGGCCGAUUAGUCGGUACAUCCUCGCCGAUCUUUGCACUACCCGGUUUCAGAGCCUUACGGAGGACGUUGCACACGUAUUGACCAGCAUUUGGUCGGGCCUCUUGAACACGAAGAUCAUCGAAGACUGUAAUAAAGUCCAGCGCGAGGCCGAGCAACGACAUUCGUCUUCGAAGGACUUGGGUCGUUUGGACGGAUGGAAGGCUGUGACCCAACAGGCCGUGGUCAAGAUGUACGAGAGGGUGGAGGCACUGUCAACGGAGCUCUACCACACGCCGGCAGCGUUUGACGUGGCCAAACUUUUCUGCAAAGACACCGAGAAGAAGAAGAUUCAAGCAGUUCGUCGUCGUUCCGAUUCGUCGGUCAGCACGCAGGUCAGUGCCUCGGAGGUGCAGGAAGCACAGCUUCUUGCAGACGUGACGAAGACGAGGGACUGGGUCUCCCACAACCACGCCGAGGAACAGGAGGUUUUGGCUGCCUUCAGUUUACUGAUGAAGGCGUGGAGGGCCAAGCGAUGGUCGCUUUGUGAAGAAGGUUGGUGCUCUGGACUUUUGCCCGAAGGACAUGUUGUACUGGCAGGUGCAGACACGUUGUUCAUCGUUCGGACAUACCGUUUGGCUGCACUCGCAUGGCCCGGCAAGAUCGUUAAGGACAAGGACCAUGAGUUUUUCGAAUUCAACAUGGGCGUUCGGUCUCUCUUUUGGAUGCACAGCACAUCUUUGGACUUGGAAGUGUUGCGGCUGCGAGUUGUUUCACCUCUGCGUGCCUCGGCUGCAGUACAGUUGAACAUUGUCAGCCCGACACGGACAUUCUCUACAUAUAUAUUCGUCCUAUAA